AGCCAAACAGGCAAACUGGUGUGCGGCGGCGGUGCCUCGGCCGCUUUUUCCAGGCCGCUCUCCGUCAUCGGCGCCCCCUGCAAGGAAGUUUUUCGCCUUCGGAGCCUCCGCCCUGAAGAAGCAGGUCAGAGAAACAUGGCUACAAGGCGAAUUGCACAGGAGACUUUUGAUGCCGUGCUACAAGAAAAAGCUAACAGAUAUCACAUGGACCCCAGUGGUGAAGCUGUAGGUGAAGCUCUCCAAUUUAAAGCUCAAGAUCUUAUAAGGACACUGCCAAGAGUCAGAGCAGAUAUGUAUGAUGACAUUCACAGUGACAGCAGAUACACUCUGAGCGGAUCUGUGGCUCAUUCUCGAGAUGCUGGGAGAGAAGGCCUGAGAGGUGAUGUAUUUCCAGGACCUUCCUUCAGGUCAAACAACCCUUCUGUAAAUGAAGACAACUACUUUCGCAAAGAAUGUGGCCGGGAUCUGGAAUUUCCCCACCCUGAUUCCCGAGAUCAGGUCUUUAGCCACCGGAAAUUGGGACAUUUCCGUUCUCCAGACUGGAAAUUUACACUCCGUGGCUCUUGGGAACAAGACCUUGGCCACCCAGUUUCUCAAGAAUCGUCUUGGUCACAGGAGUAUAAUUUUGGUCCUUCUGCACUACUGGGAGACUUUGGGUCCUCCAGGCUGAUUGAGAAAGAGUGUUUGGAGAAAGAGAGUCGGGAUUAUGACGUGGACCGUCCAGGGGAGGCAGACUCUGUGCUCAGGGCCAGUGGCCAAGUCCAGGGCAGAGGCCGAGGUCUAAACAUCGUUGAUCAGGAGGGUGCCCUCCUAGGAAAGGGGGAGUCUCAGGGCCUGCUUGCACCUAAAGGGGGGGUUGGGAAACUUGUCACACUGAGGAACGUGAGCACAAAAAAAGUACCCACUAUAAACCGUAUUACUCCCAAAACUCAGGGCACUAACCAAAUCCAGAAAACCACCCCAAGUUCUGAUGUGACCCUAGGUGCAAACCCAGGGACAGAAGAUAUCCAAUUCCCCCCUCAGAAGAUCCCUCUGGGGCUCAAUCUAAAGGACAUUCGUCUCCCAAGAAGAAAGAUGAGUUUUGACCUCAUAGAUAAGUCUGAUGUUUUUUCAAGAUUUGGGAUAGAAAUAAUCAAAUGGGCAGGAUUUCACACCAUAAAAGAUGAUGUUAAAUUUUCCCAGCUUUUCCAGACUCUCUUUGAACUUGAAACUGAAACCUGUGCUAAAAUGCUUGCCUCAUUUAAAUGCUCCUUAAAACCAGAGCACAGAGAUUUUUGCUUUUUUACUAUCAAAUUUUUAAAGCACUCUGCUUUGAAAACACCCAGAGUUGAUAAUGAGUUUUUAAACAUGCUUUUAGACAAAGGUGCUGUGAAGACCAAAAAUUGCUUUUUCGAAAUCAUAAAGCCCUUUGACAAGUACAUAAUGAGGCUUCAAGACCGGCUUCUAAAGAGUGUCACGCCCCUGCUCAUGGCCUGCAAUGCCUACGAGCUGAGUGUCAAAAUGAAGACCCUUAGUAACCCCCUGGACUUGGCCGUUGCCCUAGAGACCACCAAUUCUCUCUGCCGGAAGUCUUUAGCCCUUUUGGGACAGACGUUCUCCUUGGCCUCUUCUUUCCGGCAAGAGAAAAUCUUAGAAGCCGUCGGCCUCCAAGAUAUAGCUCCCUCUCCUGCCGCAUUUCCCAACUUUGAAGACUCCACUCUGUUUGGGAGAGAGUACAUAGACCAUCUGAAGGCCUGGCUGGUCAGCAGUGGGUGUCCACUCCAGGUCAAGAAAGCCGAACCUGCGCCAACUCAAGAUGAGAAAAUGGUUCCUCCUACCAAACCUGAAAUUCAGGCCAGAGCUCUGAGUGGUUUAAGUGAUGCUGUCCCCCAGCGAGCAGAUCACAAGGUGGUGGACAUCAUCAACCAGCUGGUCACACGUGUCGUUGGAGGCAGCCUGUCUCCUAAAGAGAGAGCUCUUCUCAAGGAGGACCCUGCUUACUGGUUUUUGUCUGAUGACAGUAGUCUGGAGUAUAACUAUUACAAGCUGAAACUGGCAGAAGCACAGCGGAUAAGCCAGACCUCGCCAGGAGUGGGUCAGAAGCCAAUGGCUGCAGAGUGUGCAGUCCGGGCCAUGCUGUACGCCCGGGCAGUCCAGAGCCUCAAGAAGAGGCUCCUCCCAGGGCGACGGCGGGGGCUGCUCCGAGCUCCAGGACUCCAGGGUUGGAAGGUGAGGAGAGCAACCACCGGGACCCAGACCCUCCUCUCCUCGGGCACCAGGCUGAAACACCACAUCCGGCAAGCUCCAGGCUCCUUGCAGGGAAAGCCGCCCCAGCCAGAUGGAAAUGAUGCUGCCAAGGACUGCCUACCAGACUCAGCCGGGCCCUCUCCUCAGGACCCGAGCUCAGAAGCUGCAGGCCCAUCCCCCAAGCCAGCAGGAGCGGACGUAUCCGAAGCCCCUCAGAGCUCCUCUCCCUGCUUGUCUGCUGACGUUGACUUGAAGACUAUGGAGACUGCAGAGAAACUGGCCAAAUUUGUUGCUCAGGUGGGACCAGAGAUUGAACAAUUCAGCAUAGAAAACAGCACCGACAACCCUGACCUAUGGUUUCUACAAGACCAAAAUAGCUCAGCUUUCAAAUUCUAUCGAAAGAAGGUAUUUGAACUGUGCCCAUCAAUUUGUUUUACAUCACCUUCGCUGACCCUCCAUGCCAGCGAGAGCGCCCUAGAGUCUGUGGAAGGGGAAGGAGAGCUUGCGAAUGAGCCUCCUCACCAGGAGGUUGAGCUGGAGAGCCUAGAGGUGAUGCCUGAGGAGGAGGAGGAGGAGGAGGAAGAGGAGGAGGAGGAGGAGGAAGAGGAAGAGGGAGAGGAGGAAGACGAGGAAGAGGAGGAGGAGGCCCUCACUCCUGGAGGGCCCUCCAGGGCUCUAGGAGAGGCUGCCACUUCUGAGGGUUCUGAGGGCAGCCCCCCCACUGAUGGUCUUCCAAGCGAGGCAGCCGAGGAUGGCCCUGCUGGCACAUCUGCCCUGUCACAGGCCUGCUUUCCCCGGAAGAGGGUCAGCAGCAAGUCAUUGAAGGUUGGCAUGAUUCCGGCUCCCAAGAGGCUGUGUCUCAUCCAAGAGCCCAAAGUUCACGAACCAGUUCGUAUCGCCUAUGACAGGCCUCGGGGUCGUCCUGUGUCCAAAAAGAAGGUUGAGAACUGGGAAGGUGACCAUGGCUUGAUGAAACCCAAGGACUUUGACUUCACCCAGCAAAAGCUGACCGACAAGAACCUGGGGUUCCAGAUGCUGCAGAAGAUGGGCUGGAAGGAAGGCCACGGCCUGGGCUCCUGUGGGAAGGGCAUCAGGGAGCCCGUUGGCAUGGGUACGGCCUCCGAAGGGGAGGGGUUGGGCGCCGAAGGGCAGGAGCACAAGGAAGACACGUUUGACGUCUUCCGUCAGAGGAUGAUGCAGAUGUACAGACACAAACGGGCCAACAAAUAGGUAUGUGCAUGAGCUGGAACGUUGGGCAUCCUGCCUACGCUGGCAUUUUGAUAUGCAGCGACAGUUCCUCCACAAAAGUUGGUGUUUCCCACACUCCAAAACCAGACCUCAAAAUACAAAAAAAAAAAAAAUCAAAAAAUCUUUGAGGGAAACGAAAGGAGUCUUUGGAUGCGGAUGUUGUCCCCCCUCUCACCUUCCAGGUUUGGCUGAAGGAGUGAGUGCCUCACUGGCCAAGCACAGCUGCACGUGGCCUGCUUGCGGGGCCUCAGUUCGGGACUCCCAGGCUGCCACAGGAGCGGCCUGUGUCCCACAGUGUGAGAGUGACCUGGAAGCUGGCCGCAGAGGACCGUUUCCCUCUCUGAGGGUCUUCAAAUCCUUUUCCUUCUGAAGGGCCUUAGCCCUAUGAAUAUCCUCAUCUUUCUCUUCUCUUUUUAGUUUCCCUCCCCACCCAUAAUAUCCAACUCAGUUUUGAACAAAAUUGUUCUCUCCUUAAAUAGAUGAAAACCAUUGGUGAGAAAGAUAAGCCUUGAAGCAACAAUUAUUCUAAAAACGCCACCUCUGCCCCGGAUCCACCCUGGAGCCAGAGCCCAAGUCAGUUCGGUGUGUACAUGAAAAACAAAUGUCUCUGCAGUUUUUGGUGCAGAGAUUCUGCUGGCUUUUCUUUUUCUUAAAGAAAAAAGAAUGCACCACUUCCAAUCUGCUUUUGCCUUUCCUCUUCUUCCAACUGCUUUGGGCAGCAAGUCCUCUCCGAGUCUUUCCUGGUUCCCACAGAAGGUGGUGCUGCCCUGGCACAUUGCUGUCCAGAAGUGUUCUGUUAGCAAAUUUGAUGCUGAAAUGAUUACCAAUUGUGUCUUCUUAUUGUUUCCAGAAUUUAAACGGGAUCUAAUCUGUACUCUGGCACCACAGCCUGUCGGUGGAGCACUGAAGCUCUGAACAAGUGGAGAUACUUGAUUCCAUGAAUGUGUUAUUUAUGGAGUCUCAUCUCUUAAAUGCAUCCCAAGAGACUUAACAAAAUAUAGCAACGGUAUAAUACAGCUGGAUUCAGAGGGGAGUAGGCACCUCACUGAUGAAACUUUCCGCAAAUUUUUAAUUCUCUUUAGAAUCCACAAAGAAAGCUACAGUUUGUGUUUUCUUUUUAAACCACAUAUGAAGUUGCCUCCAAAGCGGUGGGGAUAAACUCUUCCAGACUCUUCAUUUUUUGCACGUGUGGCAGCGGAAAUAAUGUUCUGUUAGGGCCCUUUCACAGAACAGGGAGGGUCUUCUCGGGGUGGACUCCACAGCUGUUUGCUCUUUCGAGGUGUGCGAUUGCCACCCCUUCCCGCUUCUCCCUGUGCUUUGCAACUACAUGUUAAAUUCUCAGGCUGUGGUCAUCUCAACCCUUCUUCCUAAAACAGCAGUGUUGAAGUUUUAAAUAUGUGCUAAAAUCUAGAUAACUUGGUCGUUCUGAUAGUACAUGCUUGAGGAACACAGCAGUGAGUUACCUUGUGUUGGCUGCCAAGAAAUCCUUGCAUUCUCAGAGCACAGACCUCCCAGUUAUAGUCCUGCUUCUCUGGUUCUGUCUUACCUAUGUCCGUCCUGCCGCUCACCAUGGCAUAUCGCCUGCCUGGUGCCCUCUCUCUACAUGUCAGGUAUAGCCCCCAGAUCUCUGCCUGCUUCUGAUCACUUCUAUUGCUUUGGCAUCCAGCACAUCUUUAUGGCCAUGGCAGUGCCGGCGGCCCUUCAGCAGAGGUGAACCAGCCUGCAAGGGUGGUGUGUUUUGGGAGAAGCACACCUGUGGAAGUUCAUCUUCUCCUCUCUUUCCUGUCCUUUCAUCAGCCUUCCAUGUUGGCUGUGGGUUGGGCCACAAGAUGAACUCUGAGAACAGGGCCUUGGUCACCCAUGGUACCUGUUGGUCACACAGUACCCGUUGGCCUGAGUGAGACGUGCAUCCCCCAGCACAUUUCUCUUCCUCUUUGAGCAUAGCUCUGAAUGUCAUAUUCGCUCUGUCCUAGUGUGUUCAUUCUUGGCUUUCUCCACUUUUAUUCACAAGUGAAAUGCUUUAGGAAUUCCCAGGAUGUGAGCCUUGUCCCCACAACCUCCUGUCACUCCUCCUCCUGGGGACAUCCCCCUUUGAGCUCACACUGUGAAGCUUUGACAAGUAUUAAAGGAAACACCUACUUCUUGAGCCUGCAAAGUCUUCUGAGCACUUAAGUGACGUUUCUCCUGUGGAGUCAACAUUGAGGCGUUGCAGGUGCCAGGAUGGAGUAUGGUGGAGUGUCCUCUGCCAGCUGCUGGCCGGGGACCAGUGCGUGCUGGCCCUCUGCAAUCUUGCUCUCGGCAAAGGAUGCUCUGCAGGGAACUUGUGAAUGUGUGUGCGGGUGUGUGGCCUUGUCAAAGUCACAGCGUCUUUUCUGUCAUUCUAGUUCCAGGGUCUCUCCCGUGAGGACAACAGGCAUCCGGAAAGGCUAACGCGCCACUUCGGGUGCUUACUGUCUCGGGCUUGUUUCCAUCACUGGAAAUCAAAUAGAGAAUUUUAGUGCUUUUGGUCCUUGGUAAAACCUAGAAGACGUUUGUGAUGUUACAAAAUGGAAGUUUUGUUUGUGUUUUUAAUCUAAGAAGUUGUGAAUGUUAAUCACUUAGCAGUUGCAAUAAAUGUAGAGGAACCCGA